AGAAACUGAAGCUGAAACUUGGGUUGAAUCAAAGAUGUCUUGGCAAACAUAUGUUGAUGAGCACUUGCUUUGUGAGAUUGAAGGUAAUCAUCUCACUUCUGCUGCUAUUAUUGGCCAGGACGGAACUGUUUGGGCUCAAUCUGCCAAUUUCCCUCAGUUCAAGCCCGAAGAAAUAACAGGCAUCAUGAAUGACUUUGCGGAACCUGGAACACUAGCUCCAACUGGUUUGUAUCUUGGGGGAACAAAAUACAUGGUGAUUCAAGGAGAGCCAGGAGCUGUGAUCCGAGGGAAGAAGGGUCCAGGUGGUAUCACCAUUAAGAAGACCAGCCAGGCUUUGAUCAUUGGAAUAUAUGAUGAGCCGAUGACUCCUGGACAGUGCAAUAUGAUUGUUGAAAGGUUGGGUGACUAUCUUCUUGAACAAGGUCUCUAGGCAUAUUGUGUAUUACUGUGAUCCUUACAUAGUUGUGGGCGUUAACAAGUCAUCAUGUGUGCUGUUUACUGAGGAGAAGUUUGUAAUCAUCAACUGUAUUUCUUUGUUCUAUGGUUUUAGUGAUAUAAGAUUUUGCCAUUGAGCACUUGGUUGGUUAUAUAUAAUGGA